CUUUGGCGCAAUAUCUUUUUGACGAGUAUAUCCACCUUCUGUAAAACCAUAACGAAAUGGCGACGCCUGACGCGGAGAUUUGUGGAUUUUUAGAUGUUAAAUUCACGAGCAACAAACACAUUAAGAGCGGAAAAGUGAAAAAGAAGGUUUUGAUGUUGUCGAAAGUUUGGAAACGAUACUGGUGCACCGUGAAGAAACUGGGAUCCGACUCCGUUGUGCAGAUACAAUUCAACAACACGUUCGGUCGCAGUGCUCCCGAGCGAAGCAAUUCCUUAAUCAUACCUUCGAACGCCGUCGUGCAUCGCAUUAACUCGAAAACGAAACAAUUCGCGUUCUGCGUAUCACCGGCGACCGACAGAAAACCCUUGCUGUCGUUGUCGGCCACCUCGGAAACCGAGACGCAGCGAUGGAUGGCGAAUAUCAGACAUUUAUUAAGACCUAGACGGCAUCAUUGCGCGGAAAAGUGUUACAAUGUGUCUAUAGUUGAUAACGUACAUUCAAAGACAGCAGGUUUGACCGGUUUGUACGGAGACCUGAUUGUCAAUGAAAGAGGACUUUGCGUUAAAAAUGUUUUCACCGGUGAAACAACUGCAGCUUUCGAAUGGAAGGAGUUCAGUCAGUUUCACUUGAUAACGGCAGGCCGUCCUGAGGAUGUGAAACGUAUUUGUGUGAUACACACUACCAAGGAGUUUCGCUGUGGCAUCGGAGAACUCUAUCUGUUUUGUCUAGACGCUGAUAAAUUGUUAUUGGAUUUAGUAACACAGGGUCGCGGUCCAAAGUGCAAGCUGAAGUCCUUGGAUUUUAAUGAUGAGAAUCGUGAGGCUUUGACUCAACAUAAAGUCAUUAAUCCUUCAUCGCAGUUAAGAAGUAAUGUACCACUUCAGAGUCUUAAUAUAGAGAUCAACAAUUGCCACAAGGAAUCAAAUAUUUCUAUUUCUUCCGGAGUUUACGAGGAAAUCCUGGACAACACAUAUCCUUCUAAAUCAAGAACAUGCGUUACUGAUUACGAAAAUAUAGAUGCAAUUCAUUGCAAUAAUAAUCUGCAAAUAGAACCUCCACCAUUACCACCACGACGUAAUAAGCGUAAACCAGAACGUACAAUGGAAGAUAGAAAUAGAAAUCCGAAAAAAUGGUGUAAUAGAGAGAUUUCCACAAUUGUGACAAGUUUACAAAUUACCGAAGACUGUACACAGGGAGAUUCUUUCGCAGGUAAUUCUAAUUACAUUUCGAUGUCGCUACAGGAAAAAGGUUUUCUGUGUAAAUCUAAUAUUGCUGGUAAUUCAGACGAAAAUGAGUAUAUAAUUAUGCAAUAAUAUUAUGUAAGAUAAGUACAUACAAAAGAGAAGAUAAAUAUUAUUUUGUAUAACUAGCACAACACAGACGCGCGCUACGCGCACGCUAUUAUUUUUAUUUUAACAUAUUCCGUUAGUAGACACAUCUGGUAGGAAUAGAAAUUUAUAAAUUAUAUGAACUAUGUACAUGUAUGAAUUAUAUUCACAUAAAUUUGUAUCAUCUAAUUGUAUAUAUAAUACAUAUAUGCGUUAUAUAAAAGUUUUAGACUUAA